UUAGGAUAUAUGGUUUUUUAAUUUAUAUUUAUGUAAAUAAGUUUAAAUAAAUGUCUGAAAAAGAUUAUGCCCCCCUUAGUUCAGCGUGUGUCCGUGCGUUGCACGAUAAACUUUACGAUAGAAGAAAAACUGCUGCCCUAGAAAUCGAAAAAAUGGUUAAAGAAUUUGCUGCAGUGAAUAACACCGGUCAAAUAAAAAAAAUUCUGAAAGUGUUAGGUCAAGACUUUUCACUUUCACAAAAUCCUCACGCUAGAAAAGGGGGUUUAAUUGGAUUAGCUGCUAUAUCUAUAGCAUUGGGAAAGGAUACUGAGAUGUAUGCAGAUGAAUUAAUUAAACCUAUUUUGGGAUGUAUGGUUGAUCAAGAUCAAAGAGUACGUUAUUAUGCAUGCGAAUCACUUUAUAAUGUGGUUAAAGUAUCUAGGGGAGCUGUACUUCGGCAUUUCUCAGCAAUUUUCAACUGUUUAAGUAAAAUUGCCACAGAUCCAGAUCCAAAUGUAAAAGUUGCUUCAGAGUUACUUGACAGACUUCUUAAGGAAAGCGUACUAGAAAAUACAUCAUUUAAUUUAGAUGGAUUCAUUCCUUUACUCAGAGAAAGAAUUUAUACAAAAAAUGCAUUUUCUAGACAAUUUAUCAUCUCUUGGGUAACUGUUUUAAAUUCAGAACCUGGUUUGGAUUUAAUAAGUUAUUUACCCGAAAUAUUAGAUGGAUUGUUCAGGAUUUUGAGUGAUCCUAAUCCUGAGGUGAAAAAAAUGUGCGAAACAAUUUUAGGAGAGUUUUUAAGAAAAAUUAAAGCUAAUCCCUCUAAUGUUAAUUUUGGUGCUAUGAUUAAUAUUCUUAUAAACCAUGCCCAAGAAAAGGGCGACGACUUGGCACAGUUUACAGCUAUCACUUGGAUAAAAGAAUUUGUACAAUUAUCGGGAUCUGCUAUGUUGCCUUACAUGUCAGGAAUAUUCACAACAGUUCUACCAUGUUUAUCAUACGAUACAGACGCCCGGAGAAUGACAGACAUUAAAGAAACCGCAACGGCUGUCAACUUCACAUUAAUGAAGCUGAUAUCAUUACAAGGUGACACAGACAACUUAUUGAGGCCAACGUUAGUUUCCGAAGAAGAAACAUCAAACGAAUUAGAUCUAAAUUCCGUAUUAAACGUUUUAAAUCAAUACCUUUUGCAUAAUUCGAUUCAAACUAAAGUAGCGGUUCUAAAAUGGAUUCACGAUUUGUACAUGAAGUUACCAAAUAAAAUGGGCGAAUAUAUCGACGUACUUUUUCCCGCCCUACAAAAAACUCUGUCAGACGGAUCCGAUCAAGUAGUACAACAAUGUCUAGUUGUUAUAGCCGAAGUUAUAUCUUCACCCGGGGCAGCAGAAGUUAACGAUAAAGGUACAAAUACUUAUUAUAAUAAAUUUAUGGUGAGUUUAUUAUUUUUGUUUAGUAACGAUAGGAAAUUAUUGGACGAAAGGGGUUCGUUUAUUAUAAGACAACUCUGCGUUUUAUUGAACGCUGAAGAUAUUUUCAGAACGUUGGCUCAAAUACUUAGAAAUGAAAAUAAUCUCAAGUUUGCUAAUAUUAUGGUAGAACAUUUGAAUAUGAUUCUGUUAACUUCUUCCGAACUGUAUAUUUUGAGAAAUAAACUAAAAGAUCUAAAAACCGAGACUAGUAAAUCGUUGUUUUGUUGUUUGUACGAAACUUGGUGUCAUAACCCAGUAGCGACAGUAUCAUUGUGUCUAUUGACCCAGAGUUACAGUCACGUAUGUGACUUAAUUAAACUGUUUGGUAAUUUGGAAGUAACUGUAGAUUUUUUGAUUGAAAUCGACAAAUUAGUCCAACUUAUUGAAUCUCCUAUUUUUGCUUAUUUAAGAUUGGAAUUACUUGAAGUACCUUGUAAUAAAAGCUUAGUGAGAGCUUUAUACGGACUCUUAAUGUUAUUACCACAAACGGAUGCGUUUACAACUUUAAGAACCAGAUUAAGCUGUAUUCCUAGCUUACAAUUACACUGUGAAGACAAUAAUGUUACCAAAAAGAAGUCGUCCCUUGUAUCUACUGUAAAUUUCCAACAACUUCUUGACCAUUUUAUUGAUGUCCAAGAAAAACAUAAAGAAUAUAAACAAAGUCAACGUUCCAAAGAAUUAUUAACUCUAGAUAAGGAAACUAAUAAUGUUGAUGUGUGAAUUAUUACCGUUUUUAACUAUAUAUUUGUAUAUAUUUAUUUAUACAUUCCAGUUUUCAAAAUAUAUAAAUGUUAUUUGUA